UUUUUUUCUCUCCAAGAGCGAUAUUCGAAUUCUCGGGUGAACGAAUUCUCCGGUGACUUCAUCGCGAUAAUGCACGAGGAAAGUGAAGUAGAUUCGCUCGGAGGAAUUUCAAGUUAUUAAGGUUCCGCUUAAAGUGGAUUCAUAUUCUUGAGUGGCUCUCGCGAAUCGUAAGUGGAGUUUUCUGGAGUAGUUACGAGUCGGCCGCGGGAAUUGCGGCUGCCGCGUUAUUACGACGGGGGGAAAAAAAUUUUCACAACACACAUCGCGUAAUAUACGGCACGAAUGGACGAUGCGCCGGCUAACGAUCCGUGCCUGUUCAUCGGCACUGAUGAUUCAGGCUAAUUUCUUACGCGUUUCUACGCGGCUCUUCUCCGCUCUUACCGCGUUAUUAUUUUCCCUACGUAAUAGUAAGCAGGCCAAUAGCACGGGGUUGCUAAUUCAGGACGAAUAGUAAAAGGAUACAAACGAUAUUGCUGACGUGCCGAGUGCCGACGAUGGUCAUCGAUCUUGGUAUUUCUGAAUAUUAACGGAGGAAUCAUUCAUUGUGUUACGUUACGUAUGUUAAUUGCCGCUUGUCGCGGGUGAAAUUAAAAAGAACAUAUUAUUUCCCCCUGAUAUCAUGGAUGCUCACUUGUGAAAAGAGGCAAGGUAUUUUAAACAAUUUUUAUAACGGUAUGCGUUUACCGAUUUGUUUGUAAAACGCGAUUUAAGAAAUAAAAUAAUGUAUCUUUUAAAAAUAAAGUUGCUGCAGCUGUGUCUCAGAAAGUAAACUAAGUACGUUUGAGAUAUGUAAUUGUUAAGAUGUAUCUUCUCUAUGUUGAAUCUAUCCUGUGUGAGUUUGUCGGUGGAAUUCAAGUACACGAUACACCUCAUAUUCAAACAUUUUGUUCCUUCCUUUGGACCCUCUUCGGUGAAAAAAACACGAGGAUUACAUGAGGAUGCAAGUAAAACUUAAAACUCACAACCGUCAUACGCACGCAAAUAGCUUAUAAGAAUUGGAAGUGGCGAUGCAGUAAAAAAAGUGUUGACCUUUUCGUGACUGACCAUACGCACGUGCGUCCGUCGUGAACCCAUACAGCACAAAUGUUCGAAAGACAUCCUAGAGACGUCCCAGGGAUAUUCAAAUAUUCUGAAAUAUACCUGGGAUGUCUUUCGAACAUUGUGCUGCAUGGGAAGGCUCACCCCGAUGUUUCUCGAACUUUCUACUACAUCCGAAAUCUCGUCAUCUUGUUAGGUAAUCAGAUAAUUACGUCUAUCAAAUCUCACUUCAUUCCGCUAAAUAAUCAUGGUUCCUCGAGACUUUAAACACAAUCUUAUUAAAGCAACGUUUUCCCGGAUCUCAUCCGAUCUUUCUCUCUAUCUCUCUUCGGCUAAACAGUAACGAUUUCUCGUAUGUUGCGGCACGAUUUCGCCGAGCAACCGAUACCUCCGCGCACCUGGCUGAACGGUCAAAGUUCACGAUGCCGUCGCGCGCGCGGCGAUACCCCCGGUCGGGAUCUUGCUGUAAACGAUCAUACGGCGGUCCUGGACCUCUUCGCCGAGCGUAUUCCCGCGGUCGGUCUCGCUAAACCUCGUGACGAAGCGAUAAGCACCACGCAUGAACGCCGGACACGUCUCUCGCGUCGCGGGACGCUCGAUGACUGGCGCCCAACCUUAUGGCGCGAGGCUGGCCUAAAUGUCUUUUUUUUUCGUGGCGUACCGUUAUCGUAGAAUGCCAACUUGGGCUCUACGAUCGACGACGGGCUCUCCUCUUCUCGCCCGCGUCGAUUUCAUCCGUCGUCGUUGUCCGUCACGGUGCUCGUCUACGGCGUCUUCCGUUCACCCGCGCGUCGUCGGGGGAGCGCGCGUCCUCCUCGUCGUCCGUCCUGAACGCGUUCCGAAGCGUUCUCUCGCGCGCUUCUUCUCCUCUUCAUCCGCCGUGGUGGAAAAAAAGGCCGCGCGUCCGAUCGAGACCGUCGCUCGCGCGCCAGUCGAUUUUCCUCAGUUCCGCACGGCGAACGUGGCGCGAUAGAUCUCUCUCUCUCGCGUCGCAGAGACCCGCGCGCGGAUGCCCCGCAUGCGAACAUCGCGAACACACGUCGUCUCCCUGGGUGAAUCGCGCUGUCGAUACACCAGCGUCGUCCGCACGCACCGUCGCCGGAAGUGAUUGUCGCACGCCUACCCUGAGAAGAGCGCCGAGGAUGAGAGCCCGGCUGGUCCUGCUGGGAGUCCUGCUCGUCUGCACGAGUAUUCGUUAUGCCGAGAGCAGGUCGAAGAAGACGACGCAGCUGUCGCUGCAGAGCAAGGAGACCAACGUGGUGAACUUCAUGCGGCUGCUGGUGAUGAGAUUGGUCUUCGGGGUGGCGACGGCGAUGGGGCUGGGUGAGAACCUGUCCGGCGUGCUGGGAGGUCUCUUCGUGCCGCCCGGCGCCGAGGACUACAGCGAUUACGGCGACGACGACGUCGGCUUCGUACCUGACCUGUUCUGA